CAAUAUGCAGCUGUCGACAUUAUCUAUAUCUUGACAAGCUUCUUCAUCAAGAUAUCAAUCCUUCUGCUGCUCAACCAGCUUUUCCAUGUCAUAAGGCAACUUCGCCUGUUGAUUUACAUCGGCAUAGUGGUUAUAUCGAUUGUAACCAUCCCAUAUUUGACAAUAUCUAGCAUCCGCGUGUCAAGAUGCAACGGUAUCAAGGCCCUGGGUAUUAUGAUAUGCAGCAACAAGGUAGUGAGCACGACAAACCUCGUCUUUGGGCUGUGGAAUGUCCUUAGUGAUUUCUAUAUUCUUGCAAUUCCUAUCAGCCAGAUCCAGGGCUUGAAAAUGCCGAAUAAGAGGAAGAUAGGAGUCCUGACCCUCUUCCUUACUGGGUUCAUGUACGAACUACCGCGUUCAUUGAUAACUAAUGGUUAG